AUGGCAGUGAUGAAAGUCAAGUUCAACCAGAAGAAAAGAGUAAAACUAGCACAAGGACUGUGGCUCAUGAACUGGUUUUCAGUGUUUGCAGGGAUCGUUGUUUUCUCAAUGGGUUUGUUCUUGAAAAUUGAGCUCAGAAAGAGAAGUGACGUGAUGGACAAUUCUGAAAGUCACUUUGUGCCCAAUUCCUUGAUAUUGGUGGGUGUACUAGCUUGUGCAUUCAAUGCUCUUGCAGGAAAGAUAUGCUACGAUUCUCUGGAUCCUGCUAAAUUUACAAAGUGGAAGCCACUCCUGAAAAUUUACUUAGCAUUGUGCAUCUUUUUUAUCAUCUUCAUUUUUUUUGUUGUUCUUGUUUGUUUUCUGAUGAGAGGUUCUCUGGAAAGUACACUAGAACAGGGGCUAAGAAAUGGUAUGAAGUUCUAUCGUGAUACAGAUACUCCAGGAAGAUGCUUCAUGAAGAAGACAAUUGAUUUGCUCCAGAUUGAGUUCAAAUGCUGUGGAAACACUGGUUUUCGAGACUGGUUUGAGAUUCAGUGGAUCAGCAAUAGAUACUUGGAUUUUAGCUCCAAGGAAGUGAAAGAUCGUAUUAAAAGCAACGUGGAUGGCAGAUACCUGGUGGACGGUGUCCCCUUCAGUUGCUGCAACCCGAGUUCCCCACGACCAUGUAUCCAGUACCAGGUCUCAAAUAACUCAGCUCACUACAGCUAUGACUUUCAGACGGAAGAGCUCAACCUGUGGAACCGCGGCUGCCGAGAGGCUCUGCUUAACUACUACAGUGGCAUGAUGAGUUCUAUGGGAGUAUUCGUUCUCUUUGUCUGGCUUUUCGAGAUAGCGGUUAUGAUUGGGUUGCGGCUAUUGCAUACCUCUCUGGAGAGCAUCACGAAUCCAGAAGAUCCUGAAUGCGAGAGUGAAGGGUGGGUCUUGGAGAAGAACCUGAAAGAAACUUUUAAAACCACCCUGGAAAAUUUGAAAAACCUUGGUAAACUGAAUCAAGUGGACGCAAGUGCCGAAGGAGCGGACGGAGAAGGUGCAAAAAUCCAAGCUGUCUCAACCGUCAGCUGA